AUGAGACAACUUUGCUCUGUUGGAUCCCUGGACCCAAAGAAGGUGAAAGGGAAGAUUGUAUACUGUCUGGUUGGUCUUAAUGCAAUUGUAGAGAAGAGCUGGGUGGUUGCUCAGGCAGGUGGCGUUGGGAUGAUUCUUGCUAACCAUCUGACCACCACUGCGUUGAUUGCUCAGGCCCACUUUGUUCCCACUUCACACGUCUCUGCAGCUGAUGGUCUUGCCAUUUUGUUAUACGUCCAGACUACGAAGUACCCUGUGGCUUAUAUCAGUGGUGCAACAGAAGUGGGUACGGUACCAGCACCAAUCAUGGCUACUUUUUCGUCUCAGGGCCCUAAUCUAAUCACUCCAGAAAUCCUCAAGCCUGACAUCACCGCACCUGGAGUGCGAAUUUUAGCUGCUUACACAGAAGCAAAUGGGCCUACAGGUCUUCAAUCAGAUGAUCGUCGUGUUCCCUUCAACAUCGGAUCUGGUACUUCAAUGUCAUGUCCUCAUGUUGCUGGAACUGUAGGCCUUCUCAAAAAGAUUCACCCCCAUUGGAGUCCAUCAGCCAUAAGAUCUGCAAUUGUGACCACCGAGGCAAACCCCUUCAACUAUGGAGCAGGAUAUCUAUCGCCUAACCGUGCAAUGGACCCUGGCUUGGUCUAUGACUUGACCACCACUGACUACUUGAACUUUUUGUGCUCUAUUGGCUAUAAUGCAACCCAACUAUCAAGUCUCUCAGGCAAGGUAACAAUGACUCGGACUCUGAAGAAUGUUGGAACCCCAGCUACAUACACAGUUCAAACUGAGGUGCCUAGUGGAAUAUCGUUGAAGGUGGAACCCAAUACGCUUAAAUUUGAAAAGAUUAAUGAAGAGAAAACAUUCAAGGUGACACUGGAGGCAAAGAGAGAUGGUGAGGGAAGUGAGUAUGUUUUUGGAAGGCUCAUAUGGUCAGAUGGAGAACACUACGUCAGAAGCCCUAUAGUGGUCAAUGCAACAACCAUGCUUUUGAUUGAACUUUAUGUUACAUCAAGUGUAAGGACCAUAAAUAAAUCUAUGUUUACCAUGUGGAAGCAUAGUUAA